GCCUGCACGGACCAUCACCGUCCACACGGUCCGUCCAUGGCCUACACGGACCAUCACCAUCCACAUGGUCCGUCCAUGGCCUGCACGGACCAUGGCCGUUCUCUCCUCUACUACAAGUAUUUACUCUUUCAGGUGUGGCUCCCGUCCCGUUGCCAUGCCAACAUGGAGCCCUUGGAUCUACCUGGAAGAGGGAGAACUGCCAGCCAGGAGGUACUGCAGGAUGCUGCAGUUGUCAGUUCUCCCGGGCUGGGUCGUCCCCAUGACGCCGGCGCCACUCACGACCCGCACCACACUACAACUGUGUCGUCAUCGUCACCAAGUCCUGUGUCACCCAUGGCUACCGGAACACCCAAGAGGAAGAAAGGAAAAGCAGAAGCAUGUACACGGGGGACUAAGCGAGUCUCAUCCAGAGCCCAGCCAGCAAGGAAGAGAUUCAUGCCCUCCAAAUAUGAUUCGUCUCUGCCAGUCAACUCUGAUGGAUCCCCACUGGCUAGCACUGAGCCCAGGCCCAGGCCACCAAGCGCCUGCUUGUCCUCUGGUGGUCACUCGCCAUCCCGUAUACAGUUGGAGCAGGUCAAGCACACACUGCAUGAUGUACAGUCAACUACGGGAAGUAGUUAUGCCAAGCAGAGGUCUCCCUCGCUAAGGCCCUCAAGGCCCCCAAACUCGUCAUCCACAGCAAGUAAGUUUCCUCUUGUGAGCGACAGUCUAACAGUUUUCCAUAUGAUUUUACAGGUCUCCAUUAUUCCCUUAGGUCACAACCUCUCCUGA